UGGAGAGGCAGCACUGGGCAGGGGCUUCUUUUACCCGUGGGGUGAAACAGAGAGCCCCCCCAUAGUGGAGGUGGUUGUAGCCUUCUGGCAGCCUUGGGGCCAUUGCUGGCCCACAGGCAUCCCAAGACUGCAGGUGGGUUGGGGUUGUGCUGACACAGGGGAGGGACAAUCCUGCCAUAAGCAUUGUCAGAUGCUUUUCAGGCUCUGCCAUGCGGAGUGUGGACUUGGCUUCCUCUAGAAAUUCCUUGUGUGGAUAUCUGACACCUGCCCCAGUGUGGGAUCACUGUCCAGCCUGGCCAAUCCUGCUCUCAGAGCUGCCACCUCCCCUUCUCCUCCUGCUCCCAGUGCUGCUGCCCCCCCUGCCCAGUGCUCUGUCAGCAUGUCCCUAGGAUCAUGGGGCAGCUUCUAUUUAGCUUGAAGCUCUCCAAGGCAGUCCUGUGGUGGUCCUGGGCUGGUGUGUGCUGACAACUCCUGCAUGGAGCACGUUGAAGGUCUAUUCUGCCAAGAGCUUUGCUUUAUUCCUACCUUUGGGAUUUUAAGCACCCAUAGCUCCAAAAUGAACUUCAUGUAACCAUGAGUCUUUUCCGUGGAUGUGGUAAUUCAAGGACAGCUUGUCCCUGGUCCCUCAUCCCCUUUGCCAGACCCAUUUGCUGCUGAGCAAAGCAAACAUGCUGUGCUGCUGGCAUCCUCCAGGUAACCUCCAGGGCCAAAGGGAUUAUUUGUGGUAGUGGCACCUUUGUGCUCCUCCUGAGCUGGUUUGCAUAGCCUGAUCCAAAACUUCCUGAAAGCCCCAUCUGCUAUGUCAGCCAGAUUACCCUUCCCAGCCAUCCAGCAAAUCAUCACAACCUGCUUUAGGCGAGUGUGAGCUCCCAGGCCCUGAGCUCAACCUCGAGGUUGUUCCUUUCUGGAUACAGCCUGCCAGGAGCAUCUGGACAGCGCCUGGAGAUGGGACCUGCUCUAAGAGACUUGCUGUGGGUUUGCAGAAGGGAUGGUCAGGUAUAAGCCUGGUUCAGUGGCACUUGGUGGGUGAGGGAAUGGCUUUGCUGGCCAAGAAUAAUAUUGCAAAGUGAGUAGCUGAUAUCCAGGACUAAGUUAUUUCUUCAGCUGGAAGGAGCUUCCUUUUUUUGCUUGAUGCAGAAGAACAAAGUGAGCACCGUGGCACUGCUUUGAAUACCCCCCCUAGAGGGUGAAGGAACGCCUGGUGCAGUCAUGCAGCAGGAAUGCUGCUGGGAAGGGUGUGUUUGUCUUCAGGAGUAUAAAACACUCUAACUCCAAGGGUGCCUUUUGCUAAUUGAACUGUGUGCCUUCACUCCAGCCACUUGUCCCCAGCGCCUCAGAUCUUGUGCCCAAGGUGUGCCUUGGGCUCAGAGCUGUCCCCUGCCUGCAGGACCCAUGUCUCUGUGUGUCCUCACAUCACAGCAGUGUUCAGCUGAAGCUGUCCCCUAUGCCACACCGCCUGCUUCAAAAGGAGCUUCCACCUAGCAAGGGCUUUGCUGACAAAUACCGUUUCUGAGUGUAUGAUCUCCUUCCUUUCCUCCACCCUCUGUAUUCAGGGACAGAAAGCUGCUUUCCCUGUCCUCAGGCGAGUAAAAUCAGGGAGCAGAGCCUGCUAGACAUGGUGCCUGCUGCUUCCCAUGAGCUCCAGCUGCUCCUGCCCUGGCUCACCCCGGGCUCUGUGGCACUUUGAGCAAUGUGGGGCUGUUCCUGGCUCCAGGGGGCCAGAGGGAACGGCUUGUUUCUGGUUGUUUAUGCUUCCAGCAGCCCCUAAUCCCUGUCACAGGGUUUCCAUGUGGGAGAACAUGUCCUGGGACCAUGCCAUGUGCCUCUCUGCUCUCUUGUCCAGGCCUGCUGGCUCCAGAUGGGUGGCUUUGCUGCUUCCCUCGCACUGUGCUUCUUCCCCAUUGGGCACAGCCACUUUGGGGACAGUGAUGCCAAGGCAGAGACCUCCUGGAGGAGAUGGCUCUGCUGCCACCCAGAGCUGCUCUCCAGGGGCUGGCCCUGUUCCAGCUCCCGCACCUCUGCAGCCGAGAAGGAGAUGGGAGGAGCAGAACAAAGGGAGAAGCAAUACCGAGCCCAUCAGGGAUUUGGGGAUCACCGUAGUGGAGUCACCGGUGCCCACACCUAUUUCUACGCUGAUGAGGCCAAGUGUGACCAGCACAUGGAGACUUUUCUCCACUGCAUUGAUGCUUCAAGUGGCAGCUCAGAGGACGGCUUCUCUGCCAUCAAGCUGACAGCGCUGGCCAGACCCCAGUUCCUGGUGCGGUUCUCAGAGGUGCUGGUGAAGUGGCGGAGGUUCUUCCACCAAAUGGCCGCAGAGCAGGGCCAGGCCGGGUGGGCAGUCCUGGACACAAAGCUGGAGGUGGAGAAGCUGCAGGAGGCACUGGCCAACCUCGGCAUUGUGAGCAAGGCAGAGAGCCAGCAGUGGUUCACGGGCAAGAACGUGGGCACGAGCGGCACUGUGGACCUGCUGGACUGGAACAGCCUGUUCGACAGCCGCACCAAGCUCUCCCGGCCUCUGCUCAUCCCCAAUAGGAAGACUGGGCAGCUGGAGCCUCUGCUGUCACGCUUCAGCAAGGAGGAAGAGCUGCAGAUGAAGCGGAUGCUGCAACGCAUGGAUGUCCUCGCUAAGAGAGCCAUGGAGAAGGGUGUGAGGCUGAUGGUGGACGCGGAGCAGAGCUACUUCCAGCCAGCCAUCAGCCGCCUCACCGUGGAGACGCAGCGCCGCUUCAACAGGAGCCAGCCCAUCAUCUACAACACCUACCAGUGCUACCUGAAGGAGGCUUACAACAACGUGACAGGGGACGUGGAGCUGUCGCGCCGGGAGGGCUGGCACUUUGGCACCAAGCUGGUGCGUGGUGCCUACAUGGAGCAGGAGAGGGAGAGGGCAGCUCAGAUGGGCUAUGAGGAUCCCAUCAACCCAAACUAUGAGAAGACCAACGAGAUGUACCACAGGUGCCUGGACUAUGUCCUGGAGGAGAUCAAGCAUAGCCAGAAAGCCAGUGUGAUGGUGGCAUCUCACAAUGAGGACACAGUGAAGUUCACCCUGCGCAGGAUGAUGGAGCUGGGGAUCCAUCCCUCAGACAAGAAGGUGUGCUUCGGGCAGCUGCUGGGCAUGUGUGACCAGAUCACCUUCCCCCUGGGCCAGGCUGGCUUCCCUGUGUACAAGUACGUGCCCUACGGGCCGGUGAACGAAGUGCUGCCUUACCUGUCCCGCCGGGCCCAGGAGAACAGGGGCUUCAUGCAGCGGGCAAACCGCGAGCGGGACCUGCUCUGGAAAGAGGUCAAGAGGCGUCUCCUCACAGGAAACCUCUUCAGCCACUGACCCCAGCCCCAGCCCCGGGGCUCCUGUGCCUUCAGCCUGAACCACUGUCACCAUUCCCCAUCCCAGUUCUGCUGCAGCUCCCCCAGCCCCCUUUGCCCUGGGAGACAAGUGUCCUUGUUGCUGUUGAACCACUCACACCUUCCAGUGGCCUCUGGGUUCACCCCAGCUGGCACUGCCCCACGCAUGUCCCUCUACCAUCCCACGGCCUCUCGAGCUGUCCCGGGGGACAUGCUGGGGCUCUCCUGCCAGCCCACCCCAUGCCUUGAUGAACACUGUCCUGGGAUUUUUUUCCCUGGCAGGAUUGCACAGCAUGAUUUAUCCACUUGCCUUGUGCCCAUGGGCUCAGGUCCAGGUGGGCUGGGUGACUUGGGGACAAGCUGGCCUCAGCCAGAAGCUCCUCCAGCCUCUGCCAGGGUUGGAGCUUUGCCUCAACCAGACCUUUGAAGGGGCAGGAUCAGCCCCUGUUUCCUGUCCCAGGCAGCCACUACCAGCCUGCUGACUGGCUUUGCACUGACCAGAGCUGGGCAGGUCCAGGCUCUCCCCCAUCCCGCUGGGAUAAGCUGCCUGGGAUUGUCCAUCCUCAGGCACACAUCCGAUGGAACAGGAGGGGUGAGGGGAGCGGGCUGGGCCCAUCCCUGUACCAUUCCUGCCCUGCCCACAGUCCCUGGCUCUAAUGAUGGACCAGGGGCAGUAGGAGUGCCAGGAGCUGGACCACAGCUCGUCUCUGCUGUACACUGGAUUUGCAGAGAAUGGAAAUUAUUAAAUCUCAACUGUUCCUGC